UACCCGAUCUAUGUACGACUUCAAGUAUUUUCGGGUGACAGGAUCGGAGCUGGAGCUGAGCUAGGAGGAAGAACCUAGAGAUCGAGGACACACGAACGAAAUGAUGGCGAAAGUCUUUCUGCUCAUCAGCAUGUGAGUAGAUCGCCACCAUGAGCGCAGCCAAUCACAACCUGAACUUGGAGCGGGAGCGAGAGCGCGAGGGAAACCUGAAUGGCGGUGCCACGGCUGCCGCCAACGCCAGCCCCACCGUGGCCGUCGUGGCGAGUAACGCCAACCCUGGCCGUGUGCGAGUCAACCUGAUGGAGGGCGUGGGUGCACGCGUGAUCCGCGGGCCGGACUGGAAGUGGGGGAAGCAGGACGGAGGGGAGGGGCACGUGGGAACUGUCAGGAACUUCGAGAGCCCAGAGGAGGUGGUGGUUGUGUGGGAUAACGGCACAGCAGCGAACUACCGCUGUGCUGGAGCGUUCGACCUGAGAAUGUUGGACAGCAGCCCUACAGGCAUCAAACAUGAUGGCACCAUGUGUGAUACCUGCCGUAUGCAGCCCAUCUUUGGAAUCAGGUGGAAGUGUGCAGAAUGCACCAACUAUGACCUGUGCUCCUCCUGUUACCACGGAGACAAGCACAACUUACGUCAUAGAUUCUAUAGAAUAGCCACUCCUGGAACUGAGAGGAGUCUGAUGGAGCAGCGUAGAAAGAGUAAGAAGAUCGCUGCUCGCGGAAUUUUCCCCGGGGCUCGUGUUGUGCGAGGGGUAGACUGGCAGUGGGAGGACCAGGACGGCGGUAACGGGCGGCGCGGGAAGGUUACCGAGAUCCAGGACUGGAGCGCCUCCAGUCCUCGCAGUGCUGCCUAUGUGCUGUGGGACAAUGGAGCCAAGAACUUGUACAGGGUUGGGUUUGAAGGAAUGACGGACUUGAAAGUUGUCAAUGACGCCAAAGGAGGCACCUUCUAUAGAGACCAUUUGCCCUGUCUGGGUAAGCUUGGUGAGCAGAGUGCAGGCAGCAGGGCGGGGCCUGGAGGACUGGCUAUCGGGGACCAGGUGAACAUCGACCUGGACCUGGAGAUUGUCCAGUCCCUGCAGCACGGACAUGGCGGCUGGACGGACGGCAUGUUCGAGACCCUUGGUUCUACUGGUACUGUUUGUGGGAUUGACGAGGACCAUGACAUUGUGGUGUCCUACCCCAGUGGGAACAGGUGGACCUUCAACCCAGCAGUGCUGACCAAAGUCAGCACGUCGUCCAGCUCCUCUGCUGGUGCCAGUGCCGACACCUCUGCCAGGGAGAACUUCCAGGUAGGGGACCUGGUGCAGAUCAACAGUGACCUGGAGAGAGUCAAGAUGCUACAGAGAGGCCACGGGGAGUGGGCAGAUGCCAUGCUACCGACCCUUGGUAAGAUUGGCAGAGUGCAGCAGAUUUACCAUGACAGUGACCUGAAGGUGGAGGUGUGUGGAACAUCCUGGACCUACAACCCUGCAGCGGUGGCCAAGGUGGCUUCAUCAGAGGCAGCUCUCGGCAAUUCAUCUGGGGAACGUCUGUCUGCCCUGCUGAAGAAACUGUUCGAGACCCAUGUGUCUGGUGAUGUCAACGAGGAACUGGUCAAGGCAGCGGCAAACGGGGACAACCAGAAAGUGGAGGAGAUCCUGAACAGAUCUGAGUCAGAUGCCAAUGGUGUGUUUGCUGGGCACACGGCUCUCCAGGCAGCCAGCCAGAACGGCCACAUAGAUGUGGUGCGCUGUCUUAUAAGACACUCAUGUGACCUGGAGGUAGAGGACAAAGAUGGUGACCGAGCCAUGCACCACGCAGCCUUCGGGGAUGAACCCACGAUCAUCGAGCACCUGGCACGGGCUGGAGCCGACCUGAACGCUCGCAACAAACGCAGACAGACAGCACUGCACAUCGGAGUCAACAAGGGGCAUGUGGGCGUGGUCAAGAGUCUUCUAGAGCUAGGUGCUCAUCCUAGUCUACAGGACUCUGAGGGUGACACGGCGCUGCAUGAUGCCAUCAGUAAGAAGAGAGAUGACAUGGUGACCUUACUGCUGGAUGCCAACGCAGACAUGACCAUCACUAACAACAAUGGCUUCAACGCUCUGCACCAUGCAGCACUCAGAGGGAAUGCCAGUGCCAUGCGCAUCCUGCUGUCGAAGUUGCCGCGUCCGUGGAUCGUAGACGAGAAGAAGGAUGAUGGGUACACAGCACUGCACCUCGCGGCCCUCAACAACCACGUGGAGGUGGCAGAGCUGCUUAUCCACCAGGUAAACGGUCAGGCCAACAUGGAUCAUCAAAACGUGAACCAGCAGACAGCAUUACACCUUGCCGUGGAGAGACAGCACACUCAAGUGGUCAGGCUGUUAGUGAGAGAGGGAGCGAAGUUGGACAUGCAGGAUAAGGACGGGGACACGCCCCUUCAUGAGGCCCUGCGGCACCACACCUUGUCUCAGCUCAGACAGCUGCAAGACAUGCAAGACGUGGGCAAGCUCCUGAUGGGACUGGGCACCCAGGGUGCAGACAAGAAGAGCAGCGCAUCCAUCGCCUGCUUCCUGGCCGCCAACGGGGCCGACCUGCACAUCAAGAACAAGAAGGGACAGACGCCGCUGGACCUGUGUCCUGAUCCCAACCUCUGCAAGGCCCUCAUCAAGUGCUUCAAGGAAAGGCACAGCCCCCCGAUGCAGCCGCUCCACGGGGGGUCCAUCCAUAACGAUGAGGAGGCGCUGGAGGAGUGCAUGGUGUGCUCCGACAUGAAGCGGGACACGCUGUUCGGGCCGUGUGGACACAUCGCCACCUGCUCACUCUGCUCACCUCGCGUCAAGAAGUGCCUCAUCUGUAAGGAACCAGUGCAGUCCAGAACUAAGGUUGAAGAGUGUGUUGUGUGUUCAGACAAGAAGGCAUCGGUCCUGUUUGAGCCCUGCCUGCAUAUAUGUGCCUGUGACAAUUGUGCCAGCCUUAUGAAGAAAUGUGUGCAGUGCAGAUCUAACAUAGACAAGAUGGUGCCAUUUAUUGUGUGCUGUGGAGGGAAACCUCCAUUGGAGAAAACCCAGAACCAGGUGCAGGCAGGAGGGCAGGCCACAAACAAUGCCGACAUUCAGAAGCUGCAGCAGCAGCUGCAAGACAUCAAAGAUCAGACCAUGUGCCCCGUGUGUCUGGACCGGCUGAAGAACAUGAUCUUCCUGUGUGGCCACGGGACCUGCCAGCUGUGUGGGGACAGGAUGACCGAGUGUCCCAUCUGUAGGAAGCCUGUGGAGAAGAGAGUCCUCUUGUACUAGCCUCUGGUACUGCAGGAUAGGAGCACCAGCCAAUUUUAGUAGGCUCCAUCAGACCUCUCUGCAGGCUGUAAAGUGGCCAAAAUAGGGGGAACAUUUUGCCAGAGUUGACCAAGUAUUGGAGUGCACAAUAUUGGCCAAUACGGUUUACAGAGAGGUCUGUGUAGGUACUACAGUUCAAGCAUUUUACCCCCUUCACUAUUAUGUGCAAGUAUACAUGUAGGUAAUUUUAUGUGGAUGUCUGUGAUUUGAUGCUUGAAUAGGAAAAUAUGUCUUUUAUAAUAGUUGAUGAGCCACUUGUGCUUGAUAGAUGUGCAGGGUUCCUUUACGUGUAUAUAUCAAUGUUGCUGUUUCAGAAGUUCAUGUACAGUCUUUCUCUGUACCCAAUUAUGUUGUCAUUGGACUUGUCAGAUCCAGAGCGUCAGAUUUUAGGUGAAGCUUCAAUGGUGUAUUGAAAAAAAAAUAGAAUGGCAGUCAUUUCUUGCACUCAUAAAUAGCCAUGCUGGAGAUUCUUAGAAUUGUAUCAUUAUCAUUAUGCAUUGUACUGUUAUGUUAAACAGAAAAUACAUGUACCUUGCACUGAUGUUGUAUUGUGUAUCAAAAAUUGAUCAAAGCAAUGAUGAGGCUCUGUGAGAAAUGAUGUUCAGUUAUAAGUUAUAAUAAUGUAAUAAUUAUUGUGUUGUCUACAUGUUUCUUAAAAGUAAUGUAAUUCUGCUUGUGUUAUAUGAUAAUUUGUCAUUAAGUUAAAGGUGUUGAUGUUUGUCAUUCAGGACAUAAUGACAAGGGAAGGUGAAGAUAUGGGUGUACAAGUGUUGUGGAUGGUCUGUGGUGCACAACACAGUAACUUAAGUUAACACAGUCAGCUUCACGGGUGUCAUAAUAACUACUGUAUUAAGCAUAAGGAUUUGGCAAGUCUUUUGAAAAGAGACCAUUUUGUCAUCGUGUCCAGGAGAUGGCCUGAAUAAUUGAUUUUUAAAAUUGGGUCUGGUUGUACUUUUGGGGGACUGUAGGAAGGAUACAACUUGAGCGGGACAGAAAAGGAGAUGACAGGAGUAGAAAAAUUACCUGAGUUUAUAAGCAUGUAUGUGCUUGAUUACAUGUAAGUAGUAAAUUAUUAUCAUAUGUCAUGAGGGUCAUGGGACUGCUCUGUAUUGCAUUUAUGCUACGCAUACAUAUGGUACAUAUGAUAAGGAGGUUGUGUAGGGGAGUUGGUCAAUUACAUGAAUAUUUAUGAUUCAGACAGUGAACUAGCCAAAGGUUUAACCUAGAAGAUAAGGAGAUACGUGUAUGAUAAAUCUGGAAAAACAUGCAUCCAUGUUUACAAUUGGUUAGAAGGUGUACAUGUAAGAUGCAAUAAGUGAUAACUGACAUGAAUAAUAAGAUUGAUUAGGCUCUAUUAACAAUAAUUUUAACAAGUCUACCUUGUAUGUGACAGAUUGUGUUCUUCAAUGUGCUUUUGUGGACUUCUUUUGUCUAUUAACAGAAAAAUGUAUGUUUAAAUCAAGGGGCCAUUAGAGAACUAAGCAUUUGGUCACUUCCUCUGUAGUACCCUAUAACUGCACGGAUUCCCAUACAACAACCAUUGGUCAUUUAGACUCGUAUAGCAGUGCUUGUAACAUAUGUAGAUAACAUACAUAGAGACUGAUUCAUGUCUUUCAUGCAUCCAUAAAACACAAUAAAAAUGUUCACGUUGUAUGCAGCUGAGCACA